CCCGAAUCUUGUAGGAUGGAAGUAAUGAACGAGCCCUCGUCUUCAUUGGGCAUAGCAUGGGGGGUCUCGUGAUUGCCAAGGUUCGUCGACCUUUUCGCGCUCUGACUUUCUGUCCGCUUCAAUCCCACUGACGGUGGAAAUUAACCCCACCGUGGGAAAAGGCCCUAUGCAUCGCAAAUGAAAGUCCUGAAAAAUACCCUGGCAUCUUUGCAGCGACCUCUGGUUGUAUCUUUUUUGGCACCCCUUUUGAUGGAGCCCCGGUCGCUGGAAUUGCGGCACUCUACGCGGGUGUCGCGCAGUAUUUCGGGGGAGAUCAAAGCACCUCUCUACUCGAAAUUAUGAAGCCGAACAGCGAGUACCUACGAGAGCUGAGGAAGAGCUUUCUUCGUCUUGCUGUGAAACUGGACAUCAAAAUACGAAUCCUUUGUUUCUAUGAAAUGGUUCCGACAGACUAUGGGAAAAUGUUGGGCGUUAAUCGGACUGCGCUCUCUAAGAUUUUCAGCAUGACACUCCCAACUGCCAUUCAGGAAUUUGUGAGCGAAAAGUCGGCCACGCUCGGCCAUGAGGAGCGCGGUCUGCACAGGGCCCACCGGGACCUCGUCCAAUUCGAAGGUAUCAAAGACGCCCAGUAUAACAUCGUUCGAAGUGCCAUCACGAAAGAAGUGAUGACUGGCAUAAAUGUCGCGGCCAAGGAUCGCUUCAAUAGCUUCAGAAAUAUCAAUAUGGGCCUGGUCACCGGCGUUCUUGCUGCUUUGGAAGGGGUUCCUAUCAAGAACAAGUACAACGCACUCAGGAACAAGGUCGUGUGUCAGUCAUGGAUUUUGGAGGAGCCUGAGUAUGAGGACUGGGCUAAACUCGAGACUGGAGACUGUGUGGAUGUUAGGGGUCUCUGGAUCUUUGGUUCGGAGGGCAAGGGGAAAACAAGUGCGCUGAUGGCAAGCAUUGAAACCAUUGACGAUCGCGCUACGACGAGUGCCAGUCAAAGUACAAAGCCAGUGGUAUCAGCCUUCUUUCUCUGCGACAAGUCCGCCGAGUGCUCAAGUGCCGAGGAACUCCUGAAAUCCAUUAUCCGACAACUAGUGGGUCAGAAGAUGACUCUCGCUCCUUACGCUCGACAUUUCACGGGCAAGGGAGAUGAGAACCGGAAGACAGGCUCCACCAAGGAUCAAUCAAACUCACAGGCAAGCUUGACUGUUGAGAACCUUUGGCAGAGUCUGCUGGGUAUGUUUACUGACAACCUAGUGGGGACGAUCUAUAUCAUGCUAAAUAAUAUCCACGAGCUUUCCGGGGAGGAUACAUCGACCAAAACGUUCCUAGAUCUACUCAAAAAAGAGUUGUCUGGCUACUGGAAACCGGGUAGAAGGGUCAAAGCCCGCUGGCUUUUUACUGGCCGGCCGAGAGAGCACCUGAGAUCCGUUUUCGCGCAUGAAAAUGUCCAGGGAAUUGAUCUGUCCAAUGACAAAUACAAGGAAAAGGUCAAGUCCGACGUGCAACGUCAUGCAGAGACCAAGUUUCAGGAACUACAGGCAGAGAAGCAGUACAGUAUGGCACUUUCUUACUUCGCUGGUAGUUUGAUUGGAAAGAGGGCAGAAACAACAAAGUGGGUUGAUGUCACCUGCGUUCAUCUCGCAGCCCUACCUUUACAUUCCAGCGAUCUAGAGGUGCGGCAUCUUCUUGAAGAAGUUCCAGACAGUCUUGUGGAUCUUCUUGACCACACAUGGCAAUCUCUACUGAAUAAGCCAGGAACUGAAACUGCAAAAGUGAAAGAAAUGCUCCGUACACUAAUCCUUACCUACGAAGAUCCCACUAUUGAGGAACUUGCCGUUUUAGCAGGCUUGUCCUCCAAUCCGAGUAAUCUGGAGACGAAACCACAACUGUCAAGUUCGUGAACGAAGACGUGAAAGAACACUUGAGAAAUCACUCGAAGAAGCUGCUUGGCCUUUCCAAAGAUGGUGAAAAGUGGCAACAUGUGACACAGAGACCCUGGAGAUUACUCCACCCGGCGAUGAGGACGCCUACCAAGCCGAUUGGAUUACUUCAUCC